AUGGCUGAAGAGAGUAGCGAUAUUGCCAAUUUGAAGUUAAGAGGGAAUUUCGGCUGCAACGUUAUCGCAGCUUGUUGCUUGCUAGAUUUUAACACCGGGGAGGGGGUACAUGUGAAUUGCCUCUAUCUUACCGUCUUUCUUCUUUCCACAUCAAUCUUUCUAGUAUUAUUUUCAGAUUUCAAUGUAUUCCUUGAGAUACUAAAGUAUUGUUCAUUGAAAGUGAAGUCAAAAAUGCAUGAAGAAGUUGAGGAGCAUUCUUCAUUAUCAACUUACUUAUUAUCGAAUCAGAUAUGUAUAGAGCAUAUACUUAGUAUGCUACUUAAAUCCUCCAUGCUUGUUAUUGGUGUGACAUCAAGAUAUCCAUAUUCUUUAGAAAUUAUUUUUCGAUUUGCUCUAAUAGAACAAAUCACAUAUAUUGUACUCCUGUUCGUUUUCAUGCCAUCAAUUGCAAGGAUACUAAUAUCUUUGAGUUUACAAAGGAUGAAUUGUAAAAAAAGCGGAAAAUGUUCCAUUCCAGAUCAGAAUCUGUCUAGCUCAACGCACAUGCAUACGCACAAUGAUUCGUGUUCAGACGUCUGCUGCUGCUCCGGCCAUGCGAAACGUCGACCUGUAGAUAUCAAUAUGAGCCUUGUGAAUUGUAAUAACAAGAAGCAACCGAAUUGUCCGCAUGCAAUACAUCGUACUGCUGUUAUAAUAGUAAUUAUUGGUUUGAUAAUACUUCAUGUGCAUAAUCUUUACUCUGAGUGGAUUUCUUCCCCAGCCGAGCACAACUCAAGUCAGCACAAUGAAGAAGAAGUUCUUCCUAUCUUGAUUGAUUUAUCAGAUAAUGGCAUCAUCACUGGCGUCUACCACCUCGUGUUUAGCUUAUUUCGAGUUAAGAAUGCAACUUUGGUUGGCUAUUGUUUUGUUGGUGUGCUACUACUUUACAGGAGGAUCAGAUUGCAUAAGUCGCUUAGAUCAGAGUUGCUUAACUUAGAUCUACCUGUUAAAAGUGAUGUCCUACUUACGGAUCAGAUAGAGAAAUUUCCAGUGGAACAGAAUCAUCUGAAAGAAAAAGUGGACAAUAUAUCAAGACGACGGCAAACAAGGAAACGGAUUUACUGUGACACUAAGGAAGACGGCAAUGAUGAUAUUGAAAUGGAGUUUGUACAUGUUCUGCCGGCUGUCAGUACCAACAGAAAUGACCAGGAAUCCACCACGCCUGGUUUAUUCAUCGAUUUGGAUGUACUCACCGAGAAGAUAAAACAGGGUUUAGGACAUGAACUAUCCGAUGUGGAGAUUUUACAGUUAAUCUCACAUGGACGACUAAAAACGCGUGAAUUAGAAUCCGUAGUACCACAUAAUCCAACCAGAGCUGUUGAACUUCGACGUUUGGAUUUAUCAGUUAAUCUGUUGAAUAAUAAUCCCCAUGUCAUUGAACGUAUUCCAUAUAAAGAUUAUGAUUAUCGAUUAGUGCAUGGUCAGUGUUGUGAAGAGGUGAUCGGUUAUGUACCUAUACCAGUUGGAAAAAUUGGGCCUCUCCUGUUGGAUGGUCGAUCACAUUACAUCCCCCUGGCUACAACUGAAGGCUGUUUGGUGGCCAGUACAAAUCGAGGAUGUCGUGCAAUCUUUUUAGCUGGUGGUGUCAAAAGUGUCGUGUAUCGGGAUCAAAUGACAAGAGCUCCUGUCGUCUACUUCCCUUCAAUUACAGAGUCAGUUGAAUUCAUCGGAUGGAUUGAUUCCGAAGAAGGAUUUCAGACGUUGAAAGCAGCUUUUGAUAAGACGAGUGCCCACGUCAACCUGCUGUCGGUAUUUGCUAGUCCAGCUGGUCGAUACGUUCAUAUUCGAUUUGCAGCGCGUACUGGGGAUGCUAUGGGUAUGAAUAUGGUAAGCAAAGCAACUGAUAGUGCUUUGCAUUGCCUUCAAAAACAGUUUAGUAGGAUGCAGGUGAUUUCACUAAGUGGAAAUAUGUGUACAGAUAAAAAGCCGGCAACGAUCAACACAAUUCUUGGUCGUGGUAAAUCUGUCAUCGCGGAAGCACGUCUCCCGGCUAACGUCUUAGCUCAAGUGUUGCACACCAAUGCACAUCGGUUAGCACGAUUAGCACAUGCAAAGAAUUGGAUAGGCUCAUCACUGGCCGGCUGUUCAGGUAUAAUGGGAUCGAAUGCUCAUGCGGCGAAUAUUAUCGCUGGAAUGUUUGCGGCCACUGGUCAAGAUUUAGCUCAGGUGAUUGAUUCCUCGGCGUGUUUAACGCAACUGGAAGUUGACGCCUCAGAUGAUUCACUGAUAGCCAGUGUUACAAUGCCGUGUAUAGAGGUUGGUACAGUUGGUGGAGGUACCCGACUGCCAGCACAACGUGCAUGUCUUGACCUAUUGGAUUUAAGUGUGGAUCGACCAACUGAACAUUUGUCACGUUUGAUUGCUGGAACUGUGCUUUCCGCAGAACUCAGUCUACUCGCAGCUUUGGAUACAGCUGAUUUGGUCAAAGCACAUAUGCAUUUGAAUCGGGCGAAGACGUCAACAACUACUCAGGUGCCUAACAACAACAACAACGCGAACACCAUGAACAACAACAACAACAACGGUAAUGGCACCAAUGAUAAUCCUGAUCCUGCUGCACCAGAUCAUCAUCCUGUUGGAAAUUGUCAUUCAGACGUGCAGACAACUACUGGUCAUUCAGCAGUUGUGGGAGUGCAUGAGAAGCGAUUCUCUGUUAAAAAAAGCGAUCCAGCAAUGAUGAAUUCAGAGAUAUCGCAUUACAUUAUGUAA